GACAGUUCGGGCGUGCGGACCUCAAACCGCCGUUCUGCUUUUGUUUCUGUUUCGUUUUGGUUAUCUCGCCACGUGUCUGUUAUGAAAUGUGACCUCGUGUUGACAGCCUCUCGAUUCUGUCUGAGCUGGCUGUUAUAGUCCAAGAGGUCCACUACGAUAUCAAAUAGCACAUAAACUUUUUUAUACCACUUUCUUGUUUGGCGAUUUAAAACAACUGUUUUGUAGAAGACACAUUAAGGACCUGUACAAGUGUUGUUAAUUCUAGUUAGACGUUUUCAUACAUUGUGCUGUGCUAGUGUAGUUGUGUGCGAUUUACUCGUGUGUCAUUAGCAUUUAUUGAUUAGUACACGUGAAGCUCAUGUGGUACGAAGUAGACUCGUUUGAAUGCCAGACCCGGCGCCGUCCUAAGCAGUAUUGACCCAUUGCAGUGCGGCAUCCCUUGAUUGACCCUUGGUCCAUGACGGAAAUCAAACAUUCUUGACGCCUCGCAAGCAUUUCGAUGUAAUAUUUAAGACUGAAUAUAGUUUACGCAUUUGUAUUGAUUUUUUGACCUAUUUUUCGUUGACGUGUUUUCUUUUGUUUGCCUGUUUGAGUGCAGUGUACAACGUCGGUUGAACUGGAGGAGAAGGAAUUCUUUAAAGGAUUGUUUGCGAAAAUCAACAUGGAUCCUAACGAGGACAAGACCCCGUCGAGUGAACUCUCAGAUCGGUCCCGACUGACAGACCCCGGUCCCCCGCCUAUACUACCCCCCAAACCCCGACCCCAAAUUUCUCUGAAGAUCCCUCUGCAACCCACAGGGUCCAUCCCCUUGCAGACCUCUCCCCCGAGACCCAUGAGUUUUUACUAUGACCCCAGGAUGGUCGCGAUCCCCAUGACCCCAGUGGGGAAUCACAAUUCUAACCACAAUUCCAACGAGAUCCCCGCAAUUCCCAUCCCCCUCGGACUGAUGCAGGCGUACCCCAACAAGGCGUCUGAGUUCAUGUUCAAGCAGUUCGAGGGGUUCCGGGACUUCACUAUGAACACGGCCAAGUCCGGACUCUCGGUGGGGGAGAAGUUCUCUUUCUGGGCGUACAACAAGCUGAGGGCCUGGAGCCGGAAGUGGUUCACACACUUCUUCCUGCUGCUGGUUAUCGCGCUGUACUCUCUGGCCGGGGCCGCCAUCUUCGUGGCCGUGGAGGGCAGCGAGGAGAAGAAGGCCGUGGCGGAGAUCAGGAAGGAGAGAGAGAUCGUCAUUAGAAACAUCGUGCAGCUGGUGAAACAGUUUGGACUGUCCGAGAGUGAUCAGGACGAUGAAGACCUCAUGGGCCGUGCUCUGGUGAAACAGUUUGGACCGUCCGAGAGUGAGCAGGAUGAUGAAGACCUCAUGGGCCGUGCCGUUCAGGAGAUGAGGGUCUUCGAGAGGCAUAUAAUAGAGCACUUCAAAGAGGGACAUAUCGAUAAGGACGAUAAGCCUCUCUGGAACUUCUGGAGCGCAGUGUUUUAUUGUGGCACUGUCUUCACGACUAUUGCCCACUCCCCCGAUCUUACAACACCGGACGCCUACGUCUGGGGAAUGUUGAAAGAAAACAUUUUCCGCAAGGCCCCACCAUCUACCAUCGUUCAACUAAAAGAAAAAUAA